AGAGAUCUGACAGCCUGGGAGUGCAUGGACACCGCCUCAGCCCACUGAGCAGGAAUCCCAGCACGAAGACCAAGCACAAAGCGACCCCUGCCCUCCAUUCUGACUGCUCCUCCUAAGAGGGAUGGCACCAGCCAGAGCAGGAUUCUGUCCCCUUCUGCUGCUUCUGCUGCUGGGGCUGUGGGUGGCAGAGAUCCCAGUCAAUGCCAAGCCCAAGGGCAUGACCUCAUCUCAGUGGUUUAAAAUUCAGCACGUGCAGCCCAGCCCUCAAGCAUGCAACUCAGCCAUGAAAAACAUCAACAAGCACACAAAACGGUGCAAAAACGUCAACACCUUCCUGCAAGAGCCUUUCUCCAGUGUGGCCACCACCUGCCAGACCCCCAAAAUAGCCUGCAAGAAUGGCGAUAAAAACUGCCACCAGAGCCGCGGGCCCGUGUCCCUGACCAUGUGUGAGCUCACCUCAGGGAAGUAUCCGAACUGCAGGUACAAAGAGAAGCGACAGAACAAGUCUUACGUAGUGGCCUGUAAGCCUCCCCAGAAAAAGGACUCUCAGCAAUUCCACCUGGUUCCUGUGCACUUGGACAGAGUCCUUUAGGUUUCCAGACUGCCUUGCUCUUUGGCUGAGCUUCAGUGCCCUCUCCAGGCCUCCACACCACUCCCCUACACCCAGAGCAUUCUCUUGCCCUCAUCUCUUGGGGCUCUUCCUGGUUCAGCCUCUGCUGGGAGGCUGAAGCUGACACUCUGGUGAGCUGAGGUCUAGAGGGAUGGCUUUUCAUCUUUUUGUUGCUGUUUUCCCAGAUGCUUAUCCCCAAGAAAGAGCAAGCUCAGGGCGGUGGGUUCCCUGGUCUCUGCCUUUGCACGUGUCUCCCCUGCCCCCUGGCAUUAGGGCAGCAUGACAAGGAGAGGAAAUAAAUGGAAAAGGGGCAUAUGGGAUUUGUGGACACAGCUGUUUCUGUUCCUGAACUAGAAGUCUUCCCCAGCUCUGACGUGGCAGUGAGGUGACCUGAAGCAAAGAAAAAUAUAAAUAAAUGCCACUUCAUAUUUGUGUAGAGCUUCCAUGUGAAUCCUCUAAUCCCUUGUGGCAUAGACUUGACAGGGAUUGUAUGCCUCCUUUAUGGAUGAGGAAAUUUAGAUUUUAGAAAGCUUAAUUAAUUAAAGAGCUUGUCUAAUUAGUAGCAGAACCUGGACUUGAACCUAGGUCUCCUUACUCUAAAUGCAGUGUACUUUCUACUCUACCAGUUGGGCAAGAAAGAAGUCACUGUUACAGGGGCAAGAGGUGAACUAGGUAAGAGUUCAUCCAUGAAGAAAUGAGUGCUCUGAAGAGCCAGUCACCCUGUGUUGGCUGCAAUGAAUGUCAUUACCUCUCUAGCCAA